ACCCCAACUUCAUUUGUAGUAGAGAAGGUGAAAGAACAGUUGAAAUUAUCUUUGGAAAACAAGAGUGGCAUGGUGCAAACAGGCGAACUGACAGUCGUGCUAGAUGGUUUGGUUGUUGAACAAGAAUCUCUUACAAAUCUCAGUUCACCAGCAACCAUAGAAGUUCAGCAAAAUGGAGAGGCUGUGCAUGAAAACAGAGAUGCUUCGGCAAGAAGUGCAUCAAGGUCUGCCUGUGAUGUUUCUAAUGGGAAUGACAAUCAAGUACCUUCAGACUCUGUAGUACAGAAUGCAUUCUGCAUCGAAGCUGUUAAUGGAAACAACUCACCAUCUCCUACACAUGUUGCAGCCAGACCCAAAAAUACACCUGUACCAAAACCACUCGGAGCUGAGCUUGUCAACAGCACUGUUAAUGGUGAGACAUCUUCCUCUGUACCAGAAACUGGUAAUUCUUCUGUCUCUGAAGCUAUGGUAGGUUCAGAAGCUCCCAUGUCUACAGAUUGCACUAACACUACAGCAGAACCUCAAUCAACAGAAGAAGCAGCUAGCUGUUCUGAAAGCCACACUUCUACGCUAUCUGUUAUGUCUGCUGGACUAGAAGCUUCAACUACUACAGACUGUGCUCAGCCUAAUACCACAAACAGUACAGCAGCAGAUGCAACAAAACCAAGGGAGUCCUCCUCAGCCUCAAGUGCAUCAGGAGAGCCUGUAAGACAGCAGACUGUUAAUGCUGGCUCAGAACCUUUACCAGCAGGGUGGGAGCAAAGAAAGGAUCCUCAUGGGAGAACCUAUUAUGUUGAUCACAAUACACGAACUACAACGUGGGAAAGACCACAGCCCUUGCCUCCUGGCUGGGAAAGAAGAGUUGAUGAUCGUGGAAGAGUUUACUAUGUGGACCAUAACACCAGAACAACAACAUGGCAGCGACCAACAAUGGAAUCAGUCAGGAACUUUGAGCAGUGGCAGUCUCAACGUAAUCAACUGCAGGGAGCUAUGCAACAAUUUAACCAACGAUACCUCUAUUCGGUAAACUUUAUAUAAGCUUUAGAAACGAGA